GAUAGCACUUGGCACGACCUAUACUUGAGGGCGAAAUAUAUGGAACUUGGAAGCCACACACACAGUCACUUAUGCCUAUAUAGGUAGUAGCAUAACCUCUUGAACUGUGUUGCUAUUCAAUUCGUUGAGCUCAAACAAUGGCAAGAACUUCCUCCAUUCUCUUCUACCUGGUUGCCUUUUGCUCCAUCAUAAUCAUAGAUGGGGCUCAACUCAUUCUAGUGAACAACUGUGGGGAAAGUGUAUGGCCGGGGAUACUUGGCGGUGCAGGGCAGCAAACACCAAAAGAUGGUGGAAUGCACCUUGGAAGUGGUGAAGAAGUGGUGCUUGAUGUGCCAGAGAAGUGGUCAGGAAGAAUCUGGGGCAGGCAGGGUUGUAGCUUUGACAAUGAUGGACAUGGUCACUGUCUCACAGGUGAUUGCAAUGGGAUGCUACACUGUAGAGGGCAAGGAGGGGUGCCACCAGCAACAGUGGUUGAAAUGACACUUGGAUCCUCCUCCUCCCCUUUGCACUUCUAUGAUGUGAGCCUGGUAGAUGGCUUCAACUUGCCCGUUUCGAUGAAGCCGGUCGGGGGAGGAGUCGGGUGCGGAGUGGCUUCCUGUGAGGUGGACUUGAAUGUUUGCUGUCCAUCAGCACUUGAGGUGAAGAGGAAUGGCAAGGUUGUGGGGUGCAAGAGUGCUUGCUUGGCUAUGCAAUCAGCAAAAUAUUGCUGCACAGGGAGUUAUUCUGACCCCAAAACUUGCAAGCCUACCCUUUUUGCUCAUCUGUUUAAGGCUAUAUGUCCUAAGGCUUAUAGUUAUGCUUAUGAUGACUCUAGCAGCCUUAACAGAUGCAGGGCUCCUAGAUAUGUUAUCACUUUCUGCCCUCCCCCAGUGUGAAGGGAUCCAGAUGAGAAAAUGAAGUUGAAGCUACUGUUGCAGAAUUGCUAAGAUUAUCAGUCAUUAGUGAAGAACUGUUUUCUGGAUAUUUUAGUUUUUAUGUGUUUUGUAGUCUUUUUUUCAAUUCUUCUUGAAUAGUCAUUGUUCUAUUCUAUGUCAUCAAGGUAGUUGAAAAGAAUAGAUUGAUAUAAUAAACAACAUUUCACAUUUUU